ACUUCUGUCCUGCCCCGCCCCGCACCUCCUCAGGCCUGCACCGCCACGUGCGUCUCGGUGUGUAGAUUGUCCGGCCCACAGCGCCCCCUGCAGCCAUGUGUGAUGAUGAGGAGAGCACCGCUCUGGUCUGUGAUAACGGAUCCGGUCUCUGUAAGGCGGGCUUCGCCGGAGACGACGCCCCCAGAGCCGUCUUCCCCUCCAUCGUGGGCCGGCCCCGCCACCAGGGAGUGAUGGUGGGUAUGGGGCAGAAGGACAGCUACGUGGGGGACGAGGCUCAGAGUAAGAGAGGAAUCCUGACGCUGAAAUAUCCCAUCGAACACGGAAUCAUCACCAACUGGGACGACAUGGAGAAGAUCUGGCACCACUCCUUCUACAACGAGCUGCGAGUGGCUCCAGAGGAACACCCCACCCUGCUGACUGAAGCUCCACUCAACCCCAAAGCCAACAGAGAGAAGAUGACUCAGAUCAUGUUCGAGACCUUUAACGUUCCGGCCAUGUACGUGGCCAUCCAGGCCGUCCUGUCCCUGUACGCCUCAGGACGCACCACAGGUAUCGUGCUGGACUCCGGGGACGGCGUCACCCACAACGUACCGAUCUACGAGGGCUACGCUCUGCCUCACGCCAUCAUGAGGCUGGACCUGGCGGGCCGCGACCUCACCGACUACCUCAUGAAGAUCCUGACAGAGCGCGGCUACAGCUUCGUCACCACGGCGGAGAGGGAAAUCGUGCGAGACAUCAAGGAGAAGCUGUGCUACGUGGCGUUGGAUUUUGAGAAUGAGAUGGGGACGGCGGCCACCUCGUCCUCUCUGGAGAAGAGCUACGAGCUCCCUGACGGACAGGUCAUCACCAUCGGCAACGAGAGGUUCCGCUGCCCGGAGACGCUGUUCCAGCCGUCCUUCAUCGGUAUGGAGUCGGCAGGUAUCCAUGAGACGACCUACAACAGCAUCAUGAAGUGUGACAUCGACAUCCGUAAGGACCUGUACGCCAACAACGUGCUGUCUGGAGGGACCACCAUGUACCCGGGCAUCGCAGACCGCAUGCAGAAGGAGAUCACGGCUCUGGCCCCGAGCACCAUGAAGAUCAAGAUCAUCGCCCCCCCAGAGAGGAAGUACUCGGUCUGGAUCGGCGGCUCCAUCCUGGCCUCUCUCUCCACCUUCCAGCAGAUGUGGAUCAGCAAGCAGGAGUACGACGAGGCGGGGCCGUCCAUCGUCCACCGCAAGUGCUUCUAGAAGACCCAGACCCAGUCUGCAGCCCCCCCUCCUCUAUUAGUCCUCACUGAGCACCACGACCAGCACACAGCUCCCACGGCAGGUCCCCAGAACACCCACAGGUCCACACAAGCAGGAAGUCAACGGGUUCUGUUUUGUGUUUUUUGGUAUUUAGGAAGAUGCUAAAGUAAAUGUUUUAUUCUGAAAGUUGGUAAACCGGAAUGAUGUGUUUUUGGGGAGCUGAACCUUUGACUUUAUUCAGAACUUCAUCAGAAAAUCUUCAGAUUUUCAGCUAAAACAUCAUCCCCCUCUGCUCACCGUCAAACUGUGAACGUGGCGCCCCCCCCUCGCUCCACCUGUUGUCCCUCCCCCUCGCUCCACCUGUGGCCCCGCCCCCUCGCUCCACCCGUGGCCCCGCCCCCCUAUGUCGGUACUGUUUGUCGUCAGAGUGUUUUUAUUUUUGAUGAAUAAAGCUUGAAUGUUUCCCGCUGGUGUUAUCUUCCAUCGCUGAGCACGUCAUGUCGAUGUCACAGUGUAACGAUGAUGUCACAGGAGGCGUGGCCUCACGUCACUGUCUGUAACAGCGUGCGCCGCGUGAUGGAAGUGACAGAUGAUUGGCCCACGAAGACAAUAAAGAGCUCUCAUACAAGAAAA